AUGGCGACCAACACAGAGAUACUGCCCUUCCAUCAACAGACAACAAUAUCUCUACAGACAGCAGCCGCGCUCACCAGCUAUCAUGGAGGUGGCAGUGGCGGAGGAGGUGGCGGCGGUGGUUUGGCAGGCUCCGGAGGAGCUGCAGUGCUGCCUACGGCCACACAGCUGGCAGCAGCCGCAUGGAGCAUGGAUGAUCUAUACCAACAGACUGAACUGCCCGGCCUCACACGCAGCGCACACCACCUGCUGCGCUUCACACCCUACGCCCUGCAUCAUAGACCACAGCUGCAGACGCUGCCGCCCGCCCUCUACCUGCAGCAUGCAGCAGCCGCGGCAGCAGCUGCCGCCGCCCAUGCACAGCAUCAUCAUCACCACCACCAUCAUCAUCAGCACAGACCCGCCACGCCCGAGAGUCCGCCUCCCAUCGAGGGAACGCACAUCAGUAAUCUCUUCCCCGAAAUACUUGAGAUGAUCUUCGAGCACCUGCCGGUGCGGGAUCUGGGACGUGCGGCGCAGGUAUGCAGUGCCUGGAGAGAUGCCGCUUAUGCUAAGAGCGUUUGGAAGGGCGUCGAAGCAAAACUGCAUCUGAAGCGUUCCAGUCCCAGCCUCUUCAACUGUCUGGUGCGUCGUGGUAUUAAGAAGGUACAGAUUCUAUCACUGCGUCGCUCCCUCAAAGAUCUGGUGCUAGGUGUCCCAGCACUUACCUCGCUAAAUCUCAGCGGCUGCUUCAAUGUGGCAGACAUGAAUCUCGGACACGCCUUUUCCGUCGACUUGCCAAAUCUGAAGACGCUCGAUCUCUCGCUCUGCAAACAGAUCACGGAUACGAGUCUGGGCCGCAUAGCGCAGCACCUGAAGAAUCUGGAGACCUUGGAAUUGGGCGGCUGCUGCAACAUCACCAACACAGGCCUGCUGCUCAUCGCGUGGGGCUUGAAGAAGCUUCGACAUCUGAAUCUGCGUUCCUGCUGGCACAUUAGCGACCAAGGUAUUGGCCAUCUAGCUGGUUUCAGUCGUGAAACGGCCGAGGGAAAUCUGGAGCUAGAGUUCCUGGGUCUGCAAGAUUGCCAACGACUUAGCGACGAGGCGCUCGGUCAUAUAGCACAGGGUCUGACAUCACUAAAAUCCAUCAACCUGAGCUUCUGCGUCUCCGUCACGGACAGCGGUCUGAAGCACCUAGCGCGCAUGCCCAAGCUGGAACAACUUAACCUGCGCUCCUGUGACAACAUCUCCGACAUUGGAAUGGCCUAUCUAACGGAGGGAGGCAGUGGCAUCUCCUCCCUGGAUGUCAGCUUCUGUGACAAAAUCAGCGACCAGGCACUGACGCACAUCGCCCAAGGCCUCUACCGACUGCGAUCGCUCAGCCUCAACCAGUGCCAGAUUACGGAUCAGGGCAUGCUAAAGAUCGCCAAGGCGCUGCAUGAACUGGAGAACCUCAACAUUGGUCAGUGCAGCCGGAUAACGGAUAAAGGCUUGCAGACGCUAGCCGAGGAUCUGACGAAUCUAAAGACCAUCGAUCUCUAUGGCUGCACACAACUCUCCUCCAAGGGCAUAGACAUCAUCAUGAAGUUGCCCAAGCUGCAGAAACUCAACCUCGGACUCUGGUUGGUAAGAUGAUGCGUCCACCAUGACUGCAAUGCCUGUGCAGCGGCAGCGGCGGCAGCUGCGCUCAACAAUGCUGCCGCCCCUGGUCAGGGGUCCUAGGCGGUUCCUAAAACGCGACAGUACUCCUAUAUAGUAGCAGUUAAGAUUCAGAUGCCUGCCAAAAAUACCACAACUGUUUGUCAGUGUGUCUGUCUGUGUGUGUGCGUGCGUGCGUGUAUUGGCUGACUUUAGCUGACUUUGGUUGGCCUCACGAGCAGAGGCAGAGGCAGAGCCAGAGCCGCAUUCGUUCUACCUGCGUGCUUUUGCCUCGACAUUCGUCGUAGCAGGCCGCACAAUGCAGACAAACCCUGAGACGCGCUCGAAGGGACGGCUACAACAACAACCCGUAAUUACACACGCACGAACACACACACGCACGCAUACAUAUAUACACAGGGCAGAAUUUCCAGCAAAAUGGCAGGCAGUCGGACAGGCAGGCAGGCAGGCAGCAGUAAAGAUACAACUAAAAGUAAAACAAGAUACACUGAAAACUCAUAGCUUUCGUUUGCCAUACCAUACGCUGUACUAAAUUUUUUUCGUACGAAGUAGAGAAGCAACAAAGGCAGACAACAAAAACAAAAAACAACGAAAUAACGCCAACAACAAAAUGCAAACAAUGAAACAUACACACACACACACACACAAGCGUAGAUAGUCAGACAAACACAGUGCUCGCACAGGCGACGCAGCGACGGCAACGGCGACGGCGACGUCAUGGAGCUUGUGCAGCAGGUUUCAAAG